AUGUCUUUCACGGAGACAGUUCGUCUGAAAGUAUACUGGAAUACUACUUAUACAACUGAACCUGAUGGGACUAUCACGGUACACCGGGAUGCGCCGGACGGUUAUCUUAUCAUUGAUCGUAUGUUAGAUUUCUCGGAACUUGUUGAUAAGGUAUGUGGUGUGAUGGAAGUUGAUAGAGAAGGGCUGUAUAUUGAUUUUUCUUUGUUAUGGAACGAGAGGUCAGGAAAAAGGUCUCGUGUGCACAUUAAUGAUGAUAAUACUGUUCGGUUCAUUUAUCAUUGUGCUGAUAAAUGGCCAGAAUUGUACCCUAAAAAUGUUGAGAGAAUAGGCCAUGUUUAUGCAAGUACAUCUGGCCAGGAUAUUUGUGCCAGCACUAGUGCUUGUAGAACAGUUGAAGACAAUGAAGAUGAAAAUGGAGAUGAAAAUGAAGAUAAAGAUGAAGAUGAAGAUGAAGAUGCCGGGGGUGUCGAAAGCAGUGAUGAUGAGUACGUCCCAUCGGAUGAGGACUCAGAUGACGACAUUGAUUUUGAGUCAUCUUCUUUAGUCCCAUAUGUUUUCGAUGACAUCAGUGGAUGGGACAAGACUUUAGAGGAAGUAGAUUGUGAUGGGAUUAAAAUGUGGGAUGGCAAUCCAUUGACGCUAGGCCUUGAUGUGCAUUUCACCAACAAGCCUGAGGCACAGGUGGCAGUGGAAGAAUGGAACUUAGUACAUGGUCGGACUUUCCGGGUGAAAACGAGCUCUAAACGAUCAUGGCAUGUCGAAUGCGAGACCUGUAGACCAAAAUAUCCGAAAGAGCGUCUUCACGGCUAUGAUUGCCUGUGGAAGGCGCGAGUUUCGCUACAGAAGGCCAUCGCUAUAUCUCUAGAUCCGGAGUAUCUCUUGUGGUACCAUCAGGUUACUGUAAAGUAUGUUACGGAUCCGACAGACUCUGAAAAUGCGAGGGGUUUUCACGGCUCUGCAGAGACCUUGCGCCUCAUGGCCACAUUGAUGGAGGACGUUCGUAGUCUGAGUAUUAUAGGCCAGCGUACUUUCGACGCGGACUCCUUUGGUUAUGAUCGCUUAGGCGAGAUUGCCCAGGUUGCUGAGGGGGCGUUGUCCGUCAAUGCAACGAAUGUUGUACGUCACGAUCUCGAUAGGCAUGUUGAGGUUAAUGACAUUUUGAGUCAAGAACUUGCACCUGUAGACCCGACCCAGCAACAUCCACCUCCUAGACCUCCGAGGCGUUCGCGCAGGUCUUAG